AUGGAGACGACACAACUGAUCCGCAGUUUUGUACCAGUUCUGGCGGCCCUAUUAAUCCCAUUAUUGGCGAAAUGCCAAGAUAGGUUGUGUGAAUUCGAUGGUGAAGCAUCACUGACGGAUAAGGCCGCUGCCGUAUGUAUAUUCGACGCAUUCGCAGGUAGAACACUGACAGCAUAUUGCCCUAGCUAUGUAGGGGCAACUGAGUAUUCGUGGCAUCCCUUAUGUAACACAGAAAAUCACGAAGGCAGAGUAUAUGUCAGCGGGCCCAGGGGGUUGGAAGAUAGACCUAUAGACGAUACUGUAAUAAGAGACGGAGGCGAACCGUUCCUCUGGUUUGAACGUAACGAAAACGCUACAGUUCUUUAUAUGCAAAUGCCAGUCGAUUAUCAUGUAGUAAUUAGAAAUAACCGAUUGCUAUUCGUAUGUGCACCUACAAAUUUGCAAAUGACAGACGGUCUCAUGCAGUACAUAACUGUUACAAUCGAUACUGAUACCAUGCAUUAUAUACCAUGGAUGGAAAAUUCCGAACUAUCCCGAGAGUUGGAAGGAUAUGGAACUGGCAUAGGACUAGUUUACAUAAAUAGAAAUGAGUGGCACCAUCCACUUAGAGGAUGUGGAAGCAGAGAUUCACCAUUGUUCCGUGACCCAGAAAUUGUUCAUAUAGAUCCAUAUACGGGAAUUCGGUCCUGUGUAGUAGAUACCAUGUCUGUAACACCUAUUGGCUUCUUGUGUGAAGGAGAAUUAGAACCACGAGAUUGUAUGUUGUCCGUCUUUACAAAUGACCGGAGGUCUGAACCUAAACCAAUGCACCUUUGGAACAUUGUCAAUGAUAACAAAUUGAUAGUCGCACAACCAUUUACAUUGAUGGCUAGAAAGCCACUAGAAGGAUAUUGCAGAUGCGUCGAUCCCCAAACUAAAAAUGUCCUAGCUAAAAUAGAGUUCCACUCAGAACGUAAUUACGUAUGUAAUAUCACUGACAAAAUCAUGAAAAAUCGAGCCAGACAUAUAAACGAUUUUUGGUGCUCAGUAGUUCUAUAUCCAGGAAGCACACUGACGUUCAAAUUCCCACCAGAUCCCAAAUACACUAAGCCAGAUAGCUCUAGCGCAGCAGAACUUGAAAACACAAUGCAAUACUUAUUUGCUACAGAAUUCAAUCCCCAAAAUCUAUCAAAAUUACACAUACUAGGGGGAAAUAUGUGGUUUAGUUCUGUACAGUCGAUGGCAUACGAAGAAGUCUUAGCAGGGGAUGCGCUAGUGUUAGAUACUUCAAAAAUAAAUAAGGGAGAGGUUAAAUUGAUUUAUCGGGAUGAUAGACCACUAACACUGAAAGGAAAUCACGACUCAAUUUUGUUCUCUUGGCGGUUGUAUCCUCAAAAUAAUUACGUUUUUCCACGUAUAUUCGCAACAGCAAAUGUCGCACUAGCAUUUACGCAUCGAUAUAAUGUGGUGGGAUGUGAUAAAAGUGAAAAUAGCAUAUUCAAUCCAGAACUGAGCAGCAACUUUUGUUCCUGGAAACAGUUCACCGGCAAUGGAGGCAUGGUAUACGAAUGUCUUGUUCGCAGCACAUUCACAUAUGUUAGAAGUGCUAUUUACUGCAAACCGGAUGAAGAACUCGUUCCGAACGACUGCGAACGUCUGGCAUACGAUAUUUCCACAGGUGACACAAUACUGUGGCCACGCUCACUAAGGGCUAUUAAACGAGUUAAAGUAAAAGGACUACAACAGCUUAAUUUCGCCUUUAAGAACACCCAUCCUGUUAGCGUAAGUUGUGGGUGUAUCAACAAUGAAGGAUUUCUAACAUCAAGAAUUAUAUUGGAAUCCAAUCAUCAUUAUGUAUUAUCCUUUCCUAUUCUUCCAGUAACUGCCGACGCCGGUGCACAGCAAAUGAAAUUGUAUAUGGAUGUUGCAUAUUCUCCGUAUAGGACUGCAGUCUGGAUUAGAGGAUUCAUGGUUGUAAAUGCCAGACAGCAUGUUAUAACAGUUGAACCUGGCGAUACAGUAGCCCUUGUAUGCAAAUAUCGCGAACCAUCAACUUCUAAUCAACAAGGAACCAAUGGUCGUGUGACUAAUCUAGAUGAUAUAAAAACAUCAUGGCUCCCAAAAAACCCUGAAUACUUUCACUACUAUGUGGAAGAACGCGGGUCGACGAAGACUCUGGUUCACAGAGAGCACGACCGAAUUUUACAGGGGGACCGGGGCGCAUUCUUAGUUAAUUUAGACGUUCAAGAAGGGGACCAUGAUUCAUUGGUCAUUACGUAUCGUAAGGGUGCGAUUACGAUAUCGAAGGACCCAAGGGGAGACGAUAGGCUAGAGCUCUACUUCCUUUGUGGUACACUAACUGGAACAACGAACGCUUUUCCGUGGCUCUUUGUAGAUGAACCUUCUGAAAGAGUAACUAUGGAUGAAUCGCACUGGGCCCAGAUAUACCCACACGGUACAUACAAUCUCGUUAAAGUUGUAGCACGUGCAACAGACCCAUACGUACACGGAUGUGGAGUUAUACAAACAACGCAAGAUGUAUUCAAAAGCGAUACUAUUCCAUUAUACAACGACCGAGGUGAGGUGGUUGGUUGUAAAGUUGAUUUCCACAGUCAGGAUAUGGCCGGUUUCCACUGUCCACCACCAUACGUCACGUACCCACCGAACUGCUUCCAUUUAGUGUCAGUGGAGGGGGCUGUGGUGGACGCAAAGGAUAUCAGUGAGUCACUAACUGCUGAGGCUUCUUCCCACUUCUCUUUGCUGCGUGUGAAUCCCCGGGUCGUUAAAAAUUAUGAGACCCGGCGCAACCAUCCUCCGCUAGAGUGCAGAUGCAUAACUACUAAAGGGGCAGUGGUAUCAACCAUACAGAUAGUCAACUACUUUGCGGCAUGA